CUUAUAUCCACCACUUCUUCCAUAAUAUUCAUUUCAUCAAACAAAGAAAGCUAGAGUUGUACAAGUAGAGUAAAGUUUGUAUUAUAACAUCAGCAUCUGCUAAAGAAAUUUGCACUAAUGGGGACGAAGCAUGACGAGAAUCGGCUCGAGUACGAGGAGACAGAGCUGAGGCUGGGGCUACCCGGUGGGUCUUUGAAGAGAGAGUUUUCUCAAACUAUUGAUUUGAAGCUCAAUUUGAAUGCAUCCAUGGCUUCUUCAUCAUCUCCUCAUCACCAACAAGAAAAGAUCACUGCAAAGCCACCUGCUAAGGCCCAAGUAGUUGGUUGGCCACCAGUUAGAUCCUUCAGAAAGAACACCCUUGCCGUCCAAAAGGACGGUUGCGGCGGCGAAAGUGGCACUGCGGCGGCGUUUAUCAAAGUCAGCCUAGAUGGGGCACCGUACCUCCGGAAAGUGGACUUGAAAAUGUACAAUAGCUACCAACAACUUUCUGAAGCUCUCGGGAAAAUGUUCACCUCUUCUACAAUCGGCGAUUGUGGGGUGAAGGAGUUGAUGAGUGAGAGCAAAUUGAUUGACCUUUUGAAUGGGUCUGACUAUGUGCCAACUUAUCAAGAUAAAGAUGGAGACUGGAUGCUUGUUGGAGAUGUUCCAUGGGGGAUGUUCGUUGGUUCAUGCAAACGUCUCAGGAUAAUGAAGAGUUCGGAGGCCAUUGGACUUGCACCCAGAGCAGUGGAGAAGUGCAAGAACAGAGCAUGAAAAGGCUUCUGCUUAUAUUUUCAUUUGUGUAAUUUUGUUGUGAGUGAGUAUAUAAAUAGUGGAUAAUGUUCCAGCAGUUAAAAUGUACUACUCAGUUAUAAGGUUGUCAUUAUUAAUAUUACUAUCAUCUUAGUUUUGAUUCGUGAAA